UAUAUUAUCUGUAUGUUAUAUUUUGACAGUAUUUAUUAAGACUCUUGAUGAAUAUUAUGUUAGUGAGCCCUCUAUUUAUGGCUUAAGAUACAAUCUUAGCAGAGUGAUCCAUAUGGUCAACCUAACCUAUUAAUAAAUAAUGCCCUCAGAAAGGUAAAAACACACACUUCGUACUGUAGCUGUUUAUAUCCACUUGGGAGAGUUAAAUCAGGAAAUUAUAAAAUAAUAAUAAUAAUAGCUAACACAUUUUUGAGUACCUUGUAGUAGGUACUGUACUGGAUAUAUUAUUCUAAUUAUUUUAGUUAAUUCUCACAGAAAGGAAGGAUUUUCCCUUAAUCUUCAAAGGAGGAAGAUGUCAUCAUGUUUUUCCUCUGUUUAUAGUUGAGGAAACUGAAACUUACAUGUGUACAAGUAAAUGACGGGGUAGGGCAGGUGGUGCAUGCCUUUUGUCCCAGCACUCAGGAAGCUGAGGCAGGAGGAUCACUGCAAAUUUGAGGCCAACCUGGGCUACAAAAUGAGUUCAAGGCCAGCCUAAACCGCAUAGUGAAACCCUGUCUCAAAAAGACAAACAAACAAACAAAUAAAUCGCAAGGCUCAGAUUCAAAAUCAGCUAAAUUUUACUUUAAAGUUUAACUGGUGAAUCAUUAUCUUUUAUCCAUUUAGCCUGUUAGCUGGAAGAUUAGCCUGAAAAUAAGUUCUAACUGAUGAUCUAGGCUGCUUAUUGUGGAACCCGUAGUGCAUAAGUUAACCAUAUUGAGAUUAUAUAGAAGUUACCCUAAAAGAGAUGAAAAUUGUUUGGAAUAGCAGGCUUAUCUAAACAAGAACGUACUUAAAUAGUUUAAAUCAACCUGGGUUAAUUCUAAGUAAAUUAACCCAGACAUUUAAGUUCAGUCUAAGUACAGUGCAGGAAGAAUCACUGGUCUAUAAAAGAUACAAGUGGGUGAAGGAAAAAGUUACAUCCCGUCAACAUCUUUUAAGGCAAAGGAGGAGGGACUCCUCCUUGAAUUCACUAGCGAAUCAGGUUCGGAGGCUACUUCCUGUCUGUACUUCCCUCUAUUUUGGUGGACUGGUGAGUGUGCCCUUCCUUUUGAUCUGUACUUGUUUUGAAUUUCUCUUUCAUUUGCUCCAUACACCCAGAUGACAGCUCUCUAUUCCAGGUCUGCACAGAGUGUGAGUUUAUGUUGAUUAAUUUGAACUGUGUAAAGAUUGGGAAAGGCUGCCUGCCUGGUUUUUGCGUGGGUCUCUGCAUUACUAGAUUUGCCUGUCUGCCAGGGGAAAAAUAGAUUCGGCGUCACACAGUGCUUGAAUUUUUGGAAUAUACCUGAAUUUUUUUUGCUUGGAAGGAAAACUCCCAUUAUUAACCCAAAGCUGUUUUGUUUCUUAUCUCACUAGGUGAGGAGAAAUCUUGGGAAGAGCAGUUUAGCUCUCUAAAUUUAAUACAUUACUUUGCCCACUUAACAGUUCCAUAGAAAUAAACAAUAUCCACAUUCUUUGUAUUGAUUACAUAGUAUUCUAAUGUAACUAUAAUUUAUAGUAUGGCAUAAUAACAUUUAGGUUUCAUUGGCAGGCAUUUGAGUAGUUUAUAAUCUUGGGAUUUCUUUCAAAAUAAAUAACCUUGUAUAUAAAUUGACACAUGGCAUUCAGUUGAGUUUUGGUAUAUUAAUUCCCUUUUAAAAGUGCUUCCUGUUAUUUUUACUUUGUGCACAUAGUAAUUAGAAACCAACAGAUAUCAUAUAUGUCGAUUAGCAGUAAAGGAUUUUCUACCAAAGGUAAAACGUUGCUGAUAGCCUUUAUAUGAAUGUAUUUGCCCACUUUGGCUCGAGUAUGGGGCAGUUUACCUUGUUUUGCAUACUUUUACCUUGGGAAGGAGUGUACCAGUGACCCCAAAAUAGUGCUUCUUCUAUUCACAACGGUUAUGCUUUUAGUCUGCUGAAGAAUCAUGUGCUGUGUAACUCUCUAAAAUUAAGGGGUUGAAUAAUCCUUCAGUAAGAAAAGGUAACAUGCUUUUUUAAAAAAUAUAAGUAUAAAAAAUAAAAGAAGCCUUUGGAAAUUUCUCCAAAGCUGUUUUAUAUCUUUUUUUUUUUUUUUUUUUUGGUACCAGGGAUUGAAUUCAUGACCCCAUGCUUGCCAGGGAGGCAUUUAUGCUACUGAGCUAAAUUCCUGGCCCUGUUUUAUAUCUUAAAGGACUUAGUUCAUGUCUUAUGAAACAUCUAGUUUAUAGAUCAGAGGGUUUUCUAGCUGGGAAAAACCUAACAGAGGCAUAUUUUGUUGUUGUCAAGUAAAUUUAUAUGCAAUGUAUUGAAGUUCUCAUUACUAAAUAGGAAAUGAGGAAACAAGCUUGAGUCUUCUGUUAGAAGACACAGUACCUUGGAGUUGGAAGGGCCUUUAUAUUAGUGAUCUUGUGUGUAGGGAGCUUUCAAGCUGGAGAUUGGUCACAUGUGUGGGCUAAAGCAAGGUCAGCCCAGAAAAAACAGACCAAAACAAGAUAUGUAAACAAGCUGUUUCACAUCAACAAGGCAAGGGGCCCAGGCCUGCCAAGCAAUGGGUUGCUAGGCAGAGGGGCUGAAAUUGACAUCAUCUUUCCCAGUAUAUAAAUAAAGGUGCUACAGUGGUUGACCAGUUCCUUUCCUCCCAUGAUGAGGAUAAGGGCUCCCCCUGACCCCAGCUUUUUGUCUUUUAUUUUUCUCAUCCUCUACUGGUACUUAACCCCAAGAACAUCAGGAGCCACAUUGAGUCAUAGCAUAUGGUGCCAGAACACAGAUAGGGUAAGAGGUUAAGGGCAAGGGGACACUUCUCAUGUGCGCGCAUCUAGGAGGUGAGUACAUUGGUAUAAGUCAAUAGUUAUCACUGGAGUGUAUUGAUAUUGGCUUCAUCAGGUGUAAAGAGUGGGACAUUAAAACUCCCUUAUUCUCUAGGGCCAGUUAUAAACAAGCCUGAGAGAAACUCCUUCCCUUGAAAAGAAAAGAAAAGAAAAGAAAAGAGAUAUAUUGAUUAUAUCAACCAUCUAACUAUGGGACAAACUUAUCCAGAAGAAUCACAAAUGUGUAAGGGCCUGUUUGUUGUAUGCUUGAUUCAAGUAUUUAUAUUUCUUCUGUGGAUCUGGAUUAGACAGGGUCUUAAUAACCUUAAGCUUCUUCAGACAACCACAAUGGAACUGGCUCCAAGUACUGCUUCAGAAUCAGGUCAUGAGCAGGGAAAAGAAGGCAGCAUGACCACCACCCUGACAACCUUAACUGAGCCACUAACUGUCCAUUCAGCAAAACCUUCAACUAUCUGUCCAAAGUGUAGGGGACUAUAUCAUUGGGCCACUCAACGUAGAGUCAAAAUUGUUACAACAGAAAAACUUCCAGCAGGGCCUGCAGCACCCCUGCCAAACAGUAGGAGUGUGAUGGCUCAGAUGGCUUCCCUGAGACAGCCUGGCAGGUUCCUAAUGGUUGGGGAGCAAUACGGUCCUGAUUUGUAGUUUGCUGAUUUCUGUUUACAAAAUGCUCUUACAAAAGACAAUUUCAAAUAACCAAUAUGAUAACAACUAACCUUUAAGACUUUAAAAAUUCAACAUUUGGCUUUCACUAGCUGAUAACAGCCUGGGACCAGCGCAUCACUGCCUCACUGUGGCUUUGUGGUGGGUCUCGAUAUGGUAAUGUAAAUUCUCAAGCUCCAUUGUUUUUCAAAAUUGUUUACUAUAGAGGGACUUGUUUCAAAUUCACAAUUAAUGUAAAUCUACAUUUAUUUAGGUCCUUUCUGCUUUCUUAAGUCAAUUUUGGUUAAUAUACUGAUUUACACAGCUUGUUAAAUUUCUUGAGUGUGUCUCUAGAGGAAACUGAAAAACACUUUAGAGCAAGACUAGAGGAAAAAACAAACCAACAGAAGUCAGCUGGCCCUGUACAGAUUUUAAAGGGUUAUUUAAUAAAACUGCUGCUUUCUGCUCCUCUCACUACUUCUCACAGACCCCCUGACAGGGAAGGGCACCAAAACCUCCCCUGAGCCUGGAGUUUGGCCCAGAAAGGCAGGUAAAGAAACAAUGUUGCUUGUUUCAGCUGCAAGGAGAAAUCAGGGUUAUGGUUCAGUUUACUCAAAAUACAGUUCAAAUUUCCCUCCAUUAUUGUAUUGCUCAGUUAUUCUUCCCUUGACAAAAAUUAGAAAAUCUAAAUAAAGGUUACCUAAGGAUUUUGGAUAUUCUGAUACUUAUUAGAGAAGUGGGACAUGGCUCUUGCCUGCUCACGCCACCUUGGUUUUUCCUAUUACCGUGUGCACAUGCUUUAUGAAUCAAAAGUUUACACUGCACUGAAGCUCAGAUCCCCCACAAUAGUGGGGCCUCCAGCCCAGAGCAGGAGCACCACAUGCAUGUCACAGGAGAGCCCAAGGUGCCCCACCAAAAUGCAGUUUCCAUUUUCUUUAUACCUUACCACAAAAAUUCUUUAUAAUUUUCAGGUCUAAAAGAAAGCUAAAUGUGCUCACAAUUUAAAUUUCAAAAAAACAAAAGGGAGAGUUCAUCUCAUAAUAGAUUUCAGUUAGCAGUAUAUACCAUUUAAAAUAUUUAAAUUCUAAUAAAGAUGUAACUACCUCAACAGAUAGAUAAUAUAAUCAAAUAAAUAAAUCAAAUCUAAAAAGAGUCCAUUGGAAUGAUCUUUAUACUAGACAAAAGCACCCAAUCAAGUGCUAACGUAGGGUCGAGGGUUUGCUUGUAUUUUUCCAGGAAAAGCUAAAUAACCUAUCUGGGUGCCAGUGUGUGCUGUCCAGCUAUAUCAUGGGCCCAAACCCAGGAAAGGAGUUGAUCCCACCUCUCAAGAAGCUGAUGCUCAGUCCUAUGACAGUGAUGCCUUGGAGACCACGUCACAACUGACAUGAAGCUAGAACCAACCUUAAUUGACCCAAGAUGUGCAGGAGAUGGUAACCAAAAAUAAAAAGGUCUAAAUAGAUGAUAGAAGUGCAUGCUAAGUCCUAGACAAAAAUAUGUUAAUUAUAGAUAAGAUUUUGUCUUUUUCAAAUUCUUUGAUAACAGAUCUUUGGUAACUGACCUACAACAAAUGUGACUAGUCUAUUUAAAAUUACAAAUUCUACAACUGAAAAAAUUUGUGCAAUUCAAUAUAUAUUUGAGUGCACUCUGAUUGUAUAAGAUGUUCGUCAGUCUGCCUGUGAAUCUAUCGGUCUGUUUGUCCAGUCUGUUAAGCUGUUGUUGGAAGUUACUGAGCUACUGAUCACUCACACAUGUGGAGCCAAUAGCACAAGUGCCCAUACAGGAGUGUCCAAAUGGCACAGGGUGCCUGAGAAACACCCUGAGGGUGUGGGGUGCUAGAGGUGGCAGGUGUUUCAACCCUGAGGACACGGGAUGUAAGAAGCGAGUUAGUUCAGCAAAGGGGUGUGAAAUAGCCCCCAGGAACUUGGAGAGUCUUUGUGGACACCUACAACUCUGUGUUUAUUUAUACACCUGUUUGAAUCUGUACAAUUCAUCUGUCCAUGUUUGUCCAUUUGUCUGUUUGUGAACAGCUGUUCUUUUUAUUUUGAGCUCAGCAAUUUUCCUUUUUCUUUUGCAUGUAUAGGUCACUUAAUCAAAGUUUAUUUGAGUUAUAGAAUUAUAAAACAUGCUUCCACCUGGGUUCCCAGUUAGUCAAAAUGAUCCUAAAGUCAGUUGUGUAAAUGUAAUGUACAUGUUGAUUACCAUAACUUGAGUCUGUCUUUGUUCAAAAAUAGUAUGUUAGGGGUUGGGGAUUUAGCUCAGCUGUGUAAGCACGUCUUAAGUGCAGUCGUGAGUUCAAUCCCCGGUACGGAUAAAAAAAUAUAUUAAAUGUUAUGAUUGGAGUUUUCUUAAGAAAAAUAUUAUAAAAAUGAUUAAACAAAAAUCUCUUGGGUUUGGGAUUGUUGGACAGGACUUCUACUGCUGAAUAAGAAAGUGGCCACCUGGUAACAUUUUACCAGCUCUUGUUCAUUGAUUGGAGGCCCCCAUCAGGGGCCUUAUGGGAGACAUCCCCAACUAAAGUUCUAUAAAUAUUAUUGUAGUAUGUUCACAUUGGUCAUCAUUAAAAGAAAUAAUAUAAAAGGUUUUUGAUUUUUAAAAUGCCCAUACAAAGGUUUUCAUAUGGUUAUGACAAAUGAUUAUUGUCAACCUCAUGGUGUAUUCAUAUAUUCAUGCCUCCAGAUAUAUACAAGUCUUUGAAAAUGUAAAACAGGGAUUGUUAUGGGGACAAACUUUUAUUUCAGAUUCAGACCUCUGCCUCUAACAAAUGCUUAUGAGAUGUACAUCCUACUGAAGGUCAACAAGUUAGGUAAAGACUUUUAUGUGUUAGAUAGGAAUGAUUGACCAGAAAGGGGAUACCUUCUCUUUUUAAAAAAAUGCAAAUUCAAAUGUGUUUUUAAAAAGUCAUCAUGAUUUUCUUGUUAUAACAUCAGAUAUGGUUUUGAUUUCUAAUUUUCUAUAUAAAAUAUGUAACAUCCUACAGGUAUUCAAAUAUUAAAACAUCCAUGAUUGUUAAAAAAUAAUGGUUCUAUUUGAUGUUGUAAGAUGUUUGAUAUUUAGAUAAGAUGAUAAUGUUAUGCUUACUGCCUCUACUGUAUUGUACUGUUAUCAGUCUUUUCUUCUGUAUGUUCAACAACUGGGACCAACAAUUAGAGAGAGAUGGCCUAAGAGGACAACCAAUAUUUUGGCCUUAACCCUCCAAGAUCAGUGCAAAUUCAGGACACAGGAGAAACUCUGCUGCGUCAUCCUAUACUCGUUGAAUUCCUCCAAGAACAUAAGAUCUGAGUCUUUAGCAGUUUGUGUGCCAGCCUGGAACUAUCCCUGCGAAAGCCUCCAUGACUGUGGACCCUUUAAAAGCUACAAGUGGCUUGGAUUUGGAGACGCCUGAUAAGAAGUGUGAGAUUCAUGCCAGGAAGACCCAAGGGUCAGCGGUGGAAGCCAGAAAGUCCAUGCCAGCAGGAUGAAGGAGCUGUGCUAGUGGGAUGAGGGUUCUACACUGGAGCCGAGAAGUCACACUCACAACAAAGAGCGGGGCUGUCCUGAAAGGAACCACAGCUGUCCUCAGCGACACGGAGGCCCCGAGCUCCUCCGACGACAAGCACAGUCGGGAACAUGCCAGGAAGCAGCCUGAGGAGUUCACCCUGGAGGCCAGGCAGCACAUGUCUUCCUCUCCAGAGCCAGGAAGCAAUGCUCGAUGUGAAGACCAAAGCUUCUCCAGGAGAACCAACAGCUCAGACAGCAACUUGUAGGAGAACUAACAAUGCCUCCAUAACGCCUCAAUCCCUCUCCUCACCUCUCUUCUUCUCCACCUAUUUAUCAUGGCAACCCUUCUCAGAAAUGAUGCUAGGUAAGUGAUAGAUGCUGUAGUUCAACUGGACUCAUCUGAUACCAAGAGAAAAGACCAGAAACAGAUCUGAGUUUUGUGUCUGCAGUUUGGAUUGCUUCAGGCAUGCAAAUCCAGGAUAGACAAUAGAUGAUGGCUGCAUUUUUCCUUUAUGGUCUCUUCAGCAUCUGAAGACCUAUCAUGUCUUUGUGUGAAGACAUGUUGCUUUGUAAUUAUCGAAAGUGUCGAAUCAAACUGUCUGGUUAUGCAUGGGUCACUGCCUGCUCUCACAUCUUCUGUGAUCAGCAUGGCAGCGGUGAGUUUAGUCGUUCACCUGCUGUCUGCCCUGCUUGCAACAGUACCCUUUCUGGAAAGUUAGAUAUUGUCCGCACAGAACUCAGUCCAUCAGAGGAAUACAAAGCUAUGGUAUUGGCAGGGUUGCGGCCAGAGAUUGUAUUGGACAUUAGCUCGCGAGCGUUGGCCUUCUGGACAUACCAGGUACAUCAGGAACGUCUCUAUCAAGAAUACAAUUUCAGCAAGGCUGAGGGCCAUCUGAAACAGAUGGAGAAAAUAUAUACUCAACAAAUACAGAGCAAGGAUGUGGAAUUGACCUCUAUGAAAGGAGAGGUCACUUCCAUGAAAAAAGUGCUAGAAGAAUACAAGAAAAAGUUCAGUGAUAUUUCAGAGAAACUUAUGGAGCGCAAUCGCCAGUAUCAAAAGCUCCAAGGCCUUUAUGAUAGUCUCAGGCUGCGAAAUAUCACUAUUGCUAACCAAGAAAGCAACCUUGAACCAUCUAUGAUUACACAGGCUGGUGUUUUUGGUUUCCCAUUAGGGAACAAUUCCAAGUUUCCUUUGGACAAUAUACCAGUUGGAAAUCGGGGUGGUGGAGAUGAAGAUUUUCAGUUCAGACCAUUUUUUGUGGGUUCUCCCACAGCACCUGAGCCCAGCAACAGCUUUUUCAGUUUUGCCUCUCAAAGUCAUGAAUUAGAGCAGCAGCAAGUAUCAAACAGGGCCUUUAAAGUAAAAAAAAUUUAACUCACUUUACAGAAUGUCUGUCUUCAGUAGUUUCAGUUAUCAUAUAAUCUUUAUGCUAUAAAUCAUUGUCUUUGAGCUAUUAAGUCUUUGAAGUUGUCUUCAUAUCUUUAAUUUACAAGAAAUUCUAUGGUAGUCGAGGUUCAGAAUGCCUCGACACAUUAGUGUCUAGUUUCUUUAUUUCUAUUAUUUAAAGCAUGAGCAUUUUAUUAAUCUCAAUUUUUAUGUGUACUGUGGAAUUUUUACCACUAAUGAAAAGGUAACGUUAUUUCACAGAUCAUUGUUUCUUCCUAGUAGUUUCUGAUUGAGCUUUGCAUCCAUGCAUGUGUCCAUAGCCAUCUAUUAUAUGUCUACAUGUCACUUUGGAUUCUGGUAUUUACACAUAUAUGUGUAUGGAAGUGUAUUCGUUGAUAUUUUGUUUUAUUUUCCUAUAUAUUUGUGUGAAAGUUUUAGUCUUGGAAAAUGGUGAAUGAUCUAUCUUGCUAUUUGUAUGUACUUUUUGUAUUUGCACUUAUAUUAAAAUAAUUUAAAAGA